GGCCAGCUGCCGAUGUACCUUAAAGAGAAGAAGAAGAAAGACGUCAACGUCAUUUCCGGGAUGCGAUACCAUCGGUAGAGGAUUUUUGGGUAGCUCCAAACGCUGCGACAUAAAGCUAUUUCUGUUCCAGUUGGAAGUGAGUGCGUGUCAGAAGAGAGAGUAAUUUAUCGGCGUUUUAUUUAACAGCGUUAUGUGUACACGGUGUUAACAUAGAGUCGACCGUACACCUCUUGCGCCGUUAAAAUGAAGAAAAAGAGCUCCGAGAAAAAACGCCAUGUGGUGGCGUGGGCCAACAAAGCUGAGUGGGACCAAGUUCUGGAGUAUCUCUACUCGAAGGACUCGGCCUUACAGCGGUACGCGCUGCAGAGGAUAUCGGCUUGGAGAGGCAGGUACGCCAACAGCACUCCUGUGGCAGUGGACUGCACAGCGGACCUGGUGAGGUGCCAGGUGCUGGACCGGUCCGGGCAGCUGGACGGAGAUGAUCUGGUCUUGCUCUAUGGUGCAGGGCUGGUGAGGUUCGUCAAUCUGAUCACCGAGCGGCAGCAGGGCAGAACAGCCCGCCCACUGAGGCGGCUGGCUGGGAAGUUAAACAUCCCGGAGUGGGUCGUAGACCUGAGGCACGAUUUCACACACAGGAAGCUUCCAACCUUAAAAUGGUGUCGAAAGGGAUGCAAGGUGGUCCUAGAGUGGCUCCAACAGGAGUACUGGUCCAGGCAGUUGGGAGGUGGGCCUAAUGAGGACUGGGAAUCCGAGUCGGAUGGAGAGGACGAAGAGAGUGACCUAAAACGCCAAGGGGACGAGCUCCUUGCCAGGCAAAAAGAAAUGGAGGCCUACAAGAAUGCACGGGAACUUCUGAUAUCCUUUGAGAAGGAGCAGUACCAGGCUUUUGAUGGGAUCCCUGAAGACAAAGAGAAGAACUUGUGGCCAGCCCCCUUUGCAGACAUGAGCUGGCUACUAGGUGAGAUCAAGCAGUUCGCUUUGCAGUCGAGUAAUCUGCUGGUUGAUGUGUUGCUGGAGGAUGGAUUUCUAGUUCCUACCGUCGAACAACUGGAAACGUUAGGCUGCGAUACUUCUGACAACGCCAGUCCCACCGAACCCAGACUCGCUCAAACCUUCCUGCGUUUUUGGCUGCCCCUGCUGAAGAUGCUCAACUCGCCUGCCUUUAUCCAUCUUCUUCUGGAGAAGCUGUUUGGUGAGCUGAAAGUGCUCGCCAAAGAGCAGAAUAAUCACAGGGCUUUCUACCUUUCUGGUUGGAUCGCAGAGCUCAUCCAUUGUAACGGCAACAAAUUUGAAUUCCAUUUUGAAACAAAGGGACAGAAGAAGGCCAGGAUGAAGGACCGGAUCUUUGUGAACCGCAUCCAGCUGAGGUGGCAGCAGCUGCUCUCGGCAUGCCUGGAUGCUCCCUGUAUCAGCACGCCUCACUUGCUCCAGUUAAUCCUGGAUGACAUGGAGCAUCCUCUCCCUCUGGAAACCCGACAGAGGCUGUUCCAGCUCUGCUCCAUCUACACACAGUCUUCCCAUUCAGAAUGUGAUACUUCACCGGCGCAGAAACAGCAGCCCAUAUACACGCUGGAGAGUUUGCAUGAGAAGCUGCAGCAUUCACGGCGCCGUCCCACCGUUGUAGCGGAGAGGAGCGAUUCCUCCCAGGAGUACAGUUUGGCAGAUGCUCACGCCGAAAAAGCCAGAUUGCUCCGAGGUUCUCCGUGGCAGCUGUGCAGCGAUAAGGUUUUGUGGAAGAACUACCCUCUUGGUAAAGUCCCCGGUCAGUCCGAUGACCCUUCAUGCCUCAUGGUGGAGAACUACUCAACAAUGACUGUCUUUGACCAGCCGGUGGAGUUGGAGAGUAACGCAACACACAAUGUCCCAGGAGCACCAGUGAGAACAGCUGAUGGCCUUCUUUGGAGCCACAGCGAUGUUAAUAAGCUUAAAUCUGGACUGCAACUUUUUUGAGUUGUGAAAUGUAGUCCUUUAACCUCUGGCACAUUGUUGAACUCAUGGAAAAAUGGAAACAAAAUAUGUAAACUUAAAUACUUAACAGUUUGUUGCAGGAUACAACAAAUGUGUCAAGCAGUGUACAUUUAUCAGGCAAGAAUGCCAAACAUAACUGGUUCCAGCAUCUUUAAUGUGAGGAUUUGCUGAUUUUCUGUUUUAUAUUAUUUAGGAUAGCAACUAAUACUUCUUUUUUAUUACAAAUUAUU